GGGGGGGUCUGGGGUGGAGAGCGCCGCGGGUGGAGGCGGAAGGGCGGCGGGCGGAAGCGAGCGCCGCGGCUGCUGUGUCACGGCGCGGGUGGGCGCGCGGCAUGGGCGCGCCGCGCUGAGGCGGAGGUCGCGGGCGGGCGGGCGGCGGGCCUGAGGGAGGCGGCGAGCCGGGGAGUUGCGCGCCCGGCGGCGGCGGCGGCGGCAGCGGCCACGGCGGCCGCACCAUGUCGCGCUCCGUGCUGCAGCCCAGUCAGCAGAAGCUGGCCGAGAAGCUCACCAUCCUCAACGACCGGGGCGUCGGCAUGCUCACGCGCCUCUACAACAUCAAGAAGCAAGGACAAGUUUGGAAGGCAUGUGGAGAUCCCAAGGCUAAACCAUCCUACCUUAUUGACAAAAACCUGGAAUCUGCUGUGAAAUUCAUAGUCAGAAAGUUUCCUGCUGUAGAAACACGCAACAACAAUCAACAGCUUGCACAACUACAGAAAGAAAAAUCAGAGAUUUUGAAAAAUCUGGCGUUAUAUUACUUUACAUUUGUAGAUGUUAUGGAAUUUAAGGACCAUGUCUGUGACUUGCUGAAUACUAUUGAUGUUUGCCAAGUCUUCUUUGAUAUUACUGUGAACUUUGAUUUAACAAAGAACUACUUAGAUUUGACUGUAACCUAUACAACUUUAAUGAUAUUGCUGUCCCGGAUUGAAGAAAGGAAGGCAAUCAUUGGACUAUACAACUAUGCACAUGAAAUGACCCACGGAGCAAGUGACCGAGAAUACCCACGCCUUGGUCAAAUGAUUGUGGACUAUGAAAACCCUUUAAAAAAGAUGAUGGAAGAAUUUGUACCCCAUAGCAAGUCUCUUUCAGACGCGCUGAUUUCUCUUCAGAUGGUGUAUCCUAGACGGAACCUUUCGGCAGAGCAGUGGAGAAACGCCCAGUUGUUGAGUCUCAUCAGUGCACCAAGCACAAUGCUCAACCCUGCCCAGUCUGACACUAUGCCUUGUGAAUAUCUCUCCUUGGAUGCAAUGGAGAAAUGGAUUAUCUUUGGCUUUAUCCUGUGCCAUGGGAUGCUGAAUACGGAGGCCACAGCACUGAACCUUUGGAAGCUAGCUCUUCAAAGUAGCUCUUGCCUAUCUCUCUUCCGGGAUGAAGUUUUCCACAUUCACAAAGCUGCAGAAGACUUAUUCGUAAACAUUCGGGGCUACAAUAAACGUAUUAAUGACAUAAGAGAAUGCAAGGAGGCAGCUGUAUCACAUGCUGGCUCAAUGCACAGAGAAAGGCGCAAGUUCUUACGGUCUGCACUGAAAGAACUGGCAACCGUCCUCUCUGAUCAGCCUGGCCUGCUUGGUCCCAAGGCACUUUUUGUUUUCAUGGCAUUAUCUUUUGCCCGUGAUGAAAUUAUCUGGCUACUCCGUCAUGCAGAUAACAUGCCAAAGAAGAGUGCAGAUGAUUUUAUAGAUAAGCACAUUGCUGAGCUGAUAUUUUACAUGGAAGAGCUUAGAGCCCAUGUCAGGAAGUAUGGGCCAGUAAUGCAGAGGUACUACGUGCAGUACCUUUCUGGCUUUGACGCGGUCGUCCUCAAUGAGCUUGUACAGAAUCUCUCUGUUUGCCCUGAAGAUGAGUCAAUUAUCAUGUCAUCUUUUGUUAACACUAUGACUUCCCUCAGUGUAAAACAAGUUGAAGAUGGGGAAGUAUUUGAUUUCAGAGGGAUGAGAUUAGAUUGGUUUAGGUUACAGGCAUACACUAGUGUCUCCAAAGCUUCACUUAGCCUUGCAGAUCACCGAGAACUUGGAAAGAUGAUGAAUACAAUAAUAUUUCAUACAAAAAUGGUAGAUUCCUUGGUGGAAAUGUUGGUAGAAACAUCAGAUCUCUCCAUAUUUUGUUUUUACAGCCGUGCUUUUGAGAAGAUGUUUCAGCAGUGCUUGGAGUUGCCCUCUCAGUCAAGAUACUCAAUAGCAUUUCCUCUCCUCUGCACUCACUUCAUGAGCUGCACACACGAGCUGUGUCCUGAAGAGCGCCAUCACAUUGGAGACCGCAGUCUUUCCCUCUGUAAUAUGUUCCUGGAUGAGAUGGCCAAACAAGCUCGGAACCUCAUCACUGAUAUUUGCACAGAACAGUGUACUCUUAGUGACCAGUUACUGCCUAAGCAUUGUGCCAAAACCAUCAGUCAGGCAGUGAAUAAGAAGUCAAAAAAACAGACUGGCAAGAAAGGGGAACCUGAAAGGGAAAAACCAGGUGUUGAGAGCAUGAGGAAAAACAGGCUGGUUGUGACCAACCUUGAUAAGUUGCACACUGCACUUUCGGAGUUAUGCUUCUCCAUAAAUUAUGUUCCAAACAUGGUAGUGUGGGAGCACACCUUCACGCCGCGCGAGUAUUUGACUUCUCACCUGGAAAUACGCUUCACUAAAUCAAUUGUUGGAAUGACUAUGUAUAAUCAAGCUACACAGGAAAUUGCAAAACCAUCAGAGCUUCUAACAAGUGUAAGAGCAUACAUGACUGUACUCCAGUCCAUAGAGAACUAUGUGCAGAUUGAUAUCACCAGAGUAUUUAAUAAUGUUCUUCUUCAGCAAACCCAGCACUUAGACAGUCAUGGAGAGCCAACCAUUACAAGUCUGUACACAAAUUGGUACUUAGAAACUUUACUAAGACAAGUCAGCAAUGGCCAUAUAGCUUAUUUUCCUGCAAUGAAAGCAUUUGUGAAUUUACCCACAGAAAAUGAAUUAACAUUCAAUGCAGAGGAAUAUUCUGACAUAUCAGAAAUGAGAUCAUUAUCAGAGCUCCUAGGCCCAUAUGGGAUGAAGUUCCUAAGUGAGAGUCUUAUGUGGCAUAUUUCAUCACAAGUUGCUGAACUUAAGAAACUUGUGGUGGAGAAUGUUGAUGUGCUAACACAAAUGAGGACCAGCUUUGACAAGCCAGACCAGAUGGCUGCACUCUUUAAAAGAUUGUCAUCUGUUGACAGUGUCUUGAAAAGGAUGACGAUAAUCGGUGUCAUUUUAUCCUUCCGGUCAUUGGCACAAGAAGCACUGAGAGAUGUUUUAUCCUACCACAUUCCUUUCCUCGUGAGUUCCAUUGAAGAUUUCAAGGAUCACAUUCCAAGGGAAACUGACAUGAAGGUUGCGAUGAAUGUUUAUGAGUUGUCAUCAGCGGCUGGAUUACCGUGUGAGAUUGAUCCUGCCUUAGUCGUAGCUCUUUCCUCACAAAAAUCAGAGAACAUUAGUCCAGAAGAAGAGUAUAAGAUUGCUUGUCUCCUGAUGGUCUUUGUAGCAGUUUCCUUGCCUACUCUGGCCAGCAAUGUGAUGUCGCAGUACAGCCCUGCUAUAGAAGGACACUGCAACAAUAUACAUUGUUUGGCCAAAGCCAUCAACCAGAUCGCUGCAGCUUUGUUUACAAUUCACAAAGGAAGUAUUGAAGACCGACUUAAAGAAUUCCUGGCGCUUGCGUCUUCCAGUCUACUGAAAAUCGGCCAAGAGACAGAUAAAACUACAACAAGAAAUAGAGAAUCUGUUUAUUUGCUACUGGAUAUGAUUGUACAGGAAUCACCAUUCCUAACAAUGGAUCUCUUGGAAUCUUGUUUUCCUUAUGUAUUGCUGAGAAAUGCAUACCAUGCUGUCUACAAACAAAGUGUUACAUCUUCUGCAUAGAAUACUUACUCAAGACAAGCACGAGUUUUUGUUGCCUUGUUUAUCUGUAAACUGUGGAACUCUUUUACCUUAAAGCCUGAAAACAGUUUUGUGGAUCAAAUUUUCUUCAUGCUGUUGUAUUUUCUGAUCAUUGGCUUCCUAAUAUGGUUGUACUACGGUAUACUUGGUUGAUUUAGUUGCACAUUCUCAAAACUCAGUGAAAUUCUAUGAUUUUAGAGUAUCAUUUGUUUGAAAUACCAUAACACUAUGUUUUUGAUAACUGAUAAUGAAAAAAAUCCUUGCUUGUUUAUUUCUGAAAAUGAAUUGUAUUUAGUGAUUAUUUUAGAUAGUGAUAUGAUAGCACUCAUCUGUGUGUAAAUUAUUUCAUAUAGGGAGAGUUCUGAUCUGUAACUAUGGUUCUUACUAAGAUCAAGACUGGAUGUGCAUUUCUGUGAUGCUUACGAAUACAUUUCUACUUUAUUUUGAACAUUUGCCAAACUAAAUACUCUAACACUAUUUAACCUUAGAGAUGUUAGACAGCGUGAGCAUUGGAAGCAGAUUCUGAGUCUCUCAAACAGCAGCGUACGCUGUUGCCUGUAGAAAGCCUACUGAUGAUCUCGCCCCAUGUUCCCGGUUGGCAUCAGCACUACCACGUACCCUGCUGUAUAAUAACAACCAAGACACUUGUCGACUGUUGAUACAGGCGUUAGUCCCAAACCACUUUUUAUAUGUUUUAAAUUUUGAAAUUCAAGUGUACCUGCCAUAACAUAAAUAAACACUAGACUGUAUCACAUUUUGAAUUAUUUCUUUAAUAUCUUUGGACAUUUAUUUGACAAUAUGAGGUUUUUAGUUUAAACUUUGUUUAAAGUAAACAUAGGUUUAGGGAUAUCUUAGAGCAUUUGAUAGCAGAUCCAUUAUUAUAAAAUUUGUUUAAAUGUUUUAGAAAAUACUCCACUGGAAAAAAAUACUGAAAUUAGGAGUAAGACUACAUGACAUUGUUUUAAAGAUAAGAACUAAAAGAAAGCACAUGCGUGCGUCCAUGUAUGUGUCAUUGGCUUCCUCAUUUUCUCUGUUACCAAAUGGAGUUGUUGAAGAGUAAAGAAAAAUGCAGUGACCAUGGAGCAGUGCUGUGUUGUUAAGGACCGGGUCAGUACUGGGUGGAGGUUCACAGAGUGCCUCUGCUUUGUGGUUGGCUUGGACAGCGGGGCAACACAUCCAGUGUUGCCUUCUGAUUGGUGUAAGAUAGCCUCUUCAGCUCUGGGAAGCACAGAGAGCUGCUGUUCAUACACUGAUAACAUCACUUCCCAACUCAUUAAGCCACUCAUAUAAGAUCCUUUGUAAUUGCUUUCAGCUCAAGCUGAGGGUGCCACUAAAUUGUUAAAAUUUCUUUUCAUCCCUUAGUGACUAAUCAGUAAACACAUUUCCCCUUCAA